ACUUCACUAAAAAUUCGCCAUACGAAAACUACACUUAUAUACGGAUUUUAGUGAUAUUCCAUUCUUAGUGCAUUUUCCUUUAGUCGGAUUAUUUGCACUCUUUCACGUCAAUUUAACCGUUAUAAUCCACUCUACCUUGUACUAGGUAGCUAAAAGGGAUAAAACGGUCAUCCCCCUAGAUACUACCUACACUACAAUAGCGGUACUAGCAGCCGCGUCCGAAAUCCACAAAUCACCACUACAAUCGCAUUCGCAUCGCAUCGCGUCAAAGUCCUGCGAUCUCGUACCCAUCAUUUCGACGACUCUAUUUCGCAACGUUGAACUCCAUUGAACGCGCAACACACCAGACAAUAGGCUGUGGUGCGUUAGGUCGACCCUGCAUGUACCUGCGAUCAUUUUUCCACCGCAGCCAUGGAGAACAAGAGAAAAGCUAGUGGGAUGAAUGGCCUUGAACCAUCAGCAAAUGACCCCAAUGAUCGUGCUGCGAAGCGUCGCAGAUUGCAGGAGGAAUUCGGUGAUCUCUCAAAUGGCGAGACUGCUGAAUCGACUACCGCCUACGGAUUGAACAUCCUCGAGUCAAUCAGAGCCACGACCGACAAGAAUGGACGCUCAGUUUCACCGUAUUUUGAGACCCUUCCUACUCGAAGCAAAGAUCCUGAAUAUUACAAGAAAAUCAGGCUACCACUAUCUCUAGAGUUGAUUGAACGUAAACUCAAGAACCAUGAGUACACCAAACUCUCUAUUCUAGAGAGUGACUUCAAACGCCUGGUUUCGAAUGCGAAGGAAAUAAAUGAGCGCGCAUCUGUAGCUUUCGGCGACGCCGAACGAGUUCGAAAAGCUGUUAGUAACUUGAUGGUGAAGUACAAUCCUGCGUACAAGUCUGGAAACUACCAAGCCGUUGCUACCCCCUUGCCCCCAACUCCUGAACCCGACGACAUUAUAGCGGACGAUGACGCGGAAGGUGAAGAAGAGGAUAAAAAGGGUUCAAUCACCCAAGAGGUGCAGCCAGAGGACAACGACGACGUCGAAGAAGCGGCCGAAGAAGAGGAAGAACUAGAGGAGGUAGAAGAGGCUGGCAUUGAAGAGGAGGAGGAUGUCGAACAAGAUGAUGACGAGGAGGAAGAGGAAGAAGAGGAGGAAGAGGAAGAGGAGGAUGAUGAUGAUGAUGAUGGUGAACCGAGCCCUGUAGCUCGAAAACGACGACCCGGCCGCCCACCCAAGAAUCCUGCAACGCGUACCCGAAAGGUCACACCACGUAGACCAACUCCAGCCAAAGGCGAUAGUCAUUACGAGAACCAGGGAUACAAAGGCCUAAAUUUCCAACAGGCACAGGAGAAGAUCGUAGAAGAGAUGUUACGAAAAAAGGAUGAGAGUGGUGAAUUUCCCUAUUUCGAACCUUUCAUCUAUCUGCCACCACGAACUUUGAAGGAUUACUAUGAGAUCAUUGCCGAACCCUUGUCGCUCAAGGCACUGCAGAAGCAAGUUCGAGGCCAGCACGGAAGAGGAGGUGCUACAUAUGUCAGCGACUUCAAGGGCUGGGCUGCUUUUGAAGAUCAAGCCAGCUUGAUCUGGAAAAAUGCAUACCACUACAAUGAGGACGGAAGUGAGAUUUCCCUCAUGGCCCAGGAGCUCGAGCAAUUAUUCCAUGAGCAACUGCAAGAGGCCAAAAAAUCUGUACCAGAACCACCCCAGCCGAAGAUAAAGCUUAAGAUGCCAUCUACUUCGGAUACGGCGGUUCAUCCUAAGAAGAUAACGAUCCAUGUUGGUGGCAAGACUAGUGCAACAGGAUCGCCGGCCCCUGUAACAGGUCAAUCUGGAGAAGGAGAGGCUUCAGGUAGCAACGGUACACCUAUUAGCAGGAAUCCAUUUGGCGGAUCGACAGCAACGUCGGUCAACUUGAGCCAGCUCGAAAAGGCGAGAAGUCUGUCGGCUUCUGCUGGCCCUCCAAGUCCAUCAACUGCAGCAAUUACGAAGUCCGAAGAGGUUGUUCGACCGUCGCCUGGAUUCACCAAUCAUCAGCAAUUUGCGCCUCCAGUGAUGCCGCCCUCUAACCUCGUACCGAAUGGUACAGCUCCCCCACCGCCUCCACCUGCCCCGAAACUAUCGGCCAUAGAUAUUCUCGAGGCCCAAAAAUAUCGACCUCACCCAAUUAAGGAAUCAGAGGCUAUUCUGCCUAAGCUUGUCCUCCUUUCUCAUCCAACCCUGCAACUUGAAAACCAAUUUACGGCAGUGUUUUAUGCGAGCCCUACCGAGUUUCAGCAGGAACUCGUUUUUAAUGCGCCGUCGACGCAUUUCCGUAUGCUCCUCAAGCCUCAUGUAGCACCGUUUCUAGAGGAGCAGCAACGCGAGUGGAAGCUGAACGUAUUCCAUGAUACAGUACGUUUGUAUCCUUCGUCUGCUGCAUUCGACAAACGAGGCGAGCCGGUCUUUGACACCACGUUCCACUUUGGGGUCAACCGACUCGAGAUAUCUCUGGUGGCUGCCCUUCCAAAGGGUGAGAAGGCACCCAACGGGUUAAACAUGGAGAUGGAGAAAUUCGUCGUGCAUUUCAACUUGCUUCGGCAUUCGUAGCAGGUUGGUAUGACUUUAACAAUCGACACUGAUUAACAUGGUCUUUUAGUCAACCGGUCGAGAAACAUUACUAGCCUAUACCUCCGGUUUCAUCUGUUGUCGGAUUUGUACUUAAUAGAAACUAUGGAGAUGGCUCUAGCUAUGCUCGUUCCACACAAGGAACGAUUUGCUUCGAUGUAAGCAUUUGUACAAGUACUAUAUACUCCUGGCGGUUCAUGAAGCCACUUGCAGAAAACGCCACUGGGAGCUUUGCUCUUACUACGGUCUACAGAUAAGACCUUUAGACAGGUAGACAGUUAGACGGGUACACGUUUAGGUAGUUAAUCACCAGGUAGU